GAUGCGUUCCACACAACAUUAACAACACUGUUAGAGGCCGACAUAUAGUUUGGCGUUUUCACUUCAGCGUUAUAUGAGUUUAAAGUCGUUGAAGAUAUCCACGGCGUGAAGAUGCUUCGACGCGCCUUCGACGUUUACGAGAACCACCGAGACGUGUUGCUUAUUCUCUUGUUCUGCAUCAUCGUGUCCAUCUUCUUCGGCUGGCUGACGACCACCCUCUUUCUAAAAUGCUGAGCAGCUCACGCGCCGAGUUGGAGCCACCAGUUCGGUUAAACACGAGGACUAACGACUCGUCUGAGCCGGAUAAAGUUGCCAAAAGGAACUAGCGAGUGUCACUUCAAUUUCUAGACGGACUCAUAAUACAGUGACACUCAUCACCGGUGGGCGGAAGAUAAGAUGGCGAAAACAGCUUUGGUUCUUUGUAUGGAUGUGGGGUUUUCCAUGUCGAACUCAGCCCCGGGUGAAGAGUCUCCUUUCGAAUCAGCCAAGAAAGUCAUCCAGAAGUUCGUCCAGCGACAGGUGUUUUCAGAGACCAAGGAUGAGAUGGCUUUGGUCUUAUUUGGAACAGAUUCAACUAAGAACCCUUUGGCUGCGGACGGUCAAUACCAGAACAUCACUGUGCACAGACAACUAACAAUUCCAGAUUUUGAACUUCUUGAGGAAAUCGCUUUACAGAUCCAGCCUGAAAAUCAACAGGCUGAUUGGCUGGAUGCUCUUGUGGUCUGUCUGGAUCAGCUUCAAAAGCACACAGAGGGGAAGAAGUACGAGCGUCGCAACAUCUCCAUUCUCACUGACCUCAACAAUGAGACUGAUUCGGAGCAGCUUGACAUCAUCAUCGAAAACCUUAAACAGAUGGGCGUCAGCCUGCAGUUCUUUCUGCCAUUCCCUGUGGAUAAGGAAGCAGGUGGUGGUGGUGAUGCUAACAGCGGUGCAUCAGAUAACCCUGGUGGUUCUGGUAAAGGCCUCACCCGGGAGCAGAAGUCUGGCUUGGACAUGGUCAAACACGUCAUGCUGAGUUUGGAUGAGGAUGGCCUUGAUGAAGUUUACACAUUUCAAGAUGCAGUGGAGCAGCUCUGCAUGUUUAAGCGUAUCGAGAGGAGGCCGACAGCCUGGACCUGUCAGCUGACCAUCGGGAGCACGCUCGCCAUCCGUAUAGUGGCCUACAAGGCUGUGAUGGAGGAGAAACUUAAAAAGUCGUGGAUGACUGUUGAUGCUCAAAGUAACAGCAAGGAGGAUGUGAAGAGAGAGACGGUCUACUGUCUGGACGACGACAACGAGACAGAGGUGCCAAAGGAAGACAUCAUACAAGGCUUCUGUUAUGGAAGUGAUAUUGUUCCCUUCUCCAAAGUGGAUCAGGAUCAGAUGAAGUACAAACAUGACGGGAAGUGCUUUGCUGUUCUCGGAUUUACCAAACAAGAACUGGUUCAGCACCAUCUGUUCAUCGGGAAUCAGGCCAUGAAGGUGUUUGCUGCCGAGGAUGAUGAGCAUGCUGCUGUGGCUCUGUCCGCCCUCAUCCGAGCCCUGCAUGAGCUGGACAGAGUGGCCAUUGUUCGGUACGCCUACAGUCGCGCUGCUAACCCUCAAAUCGGAGCUGCGUUCCCGUGUGUGAAGCAGGGCUAUGAGUGUCUGAUCUACGUCCAGCUGCCCUUCAUGGAGGACCUCCAACUCUUCACCUUCCCCUCUUUUGAGAGCAAGAAGUUUAAGCCCUCAGAAGACCAGUUUUCUGCUGUCGACACGCUGAUCGACUCCAUGAUGCUGAUGGAGGAGGAUGAGGAUGGAGGACAAGUAGACAUUUUUAAGGUCCAUAACAUUCCAAACCCAGAUUUCCAGAGACUCUUCCAGUGCCUGCAUCACCGGGCAGUCAACCCAGGAACCGCCCUUCCUCCCAUGGAGCCUUGGCUCAGAGCUGCCCUGGACCGGCCCGAUGUCAUACACCAGCGCUGUCAAGCUCCUCUGGAGGAGGUGAAGAGAAACUUCCCGCUGACAGAAGUGGAGAAGAAGAAGAAACUGAAGACCAGUGAUCAGGUUUUCGGCAAAGACUCUGAGCAGACGGAUGUCACGAAGGGAAAUGGGAAAGAAGAGGAUGAGGAGUUUAAUUUGGCUGACAUCUCUGAAGGAUCUGUCACUUCAGUGGGAAGUGUGAUUCCAGACCGAGACUUCCGCUCGCUCAUCAGUCAAAAGACUCUCCCCUUCAGCGAGAUCUGUCAGCAGCUGACUCACAGGAUCGAGCAGUUCCUAGGCAACAAGAACACAGAGUACUACAUGAAGAGUAUCACCUGUAUCCAGGCUUUCAGAGAGCAAUCAGUCAAGCUGGGGAAUGCUGAACUCUACAACAGCUACCUGCAGUCUCUGAAAAGAAGCAUCCCAAGCAGAGGGCUGGAAGUCUUCUGGGGUCUGCUAGUUCAAGAUGGCAUCACUCUGAUCAGCGAGAAGGAAGUGGCGAGCAGCAGCGUGUCCAAGCAGGAAGCGGAUCAGUUUCUGCUGGAUGAAGAGAAGAAGGAGGAGGCAGCCGUGACGACAGAAGGAGAUACAGGAGAUGUGGACGACUUGCUGGACAUGAUGUGAACGUGGAGCUGGUGGGAUUUACAUCGGCUUCCUGUGGCGUUCUCUUCUGAGUGGACCACUAUCAAGGGUUUUGGCUUUUCAGUACUUUCAGUACUUACACACUGGCUACUGAAAAGUAACCAGUGUGUUGGACAAAAUGGUUGAUGCAAAUAAGGAAAAUGAUCAGGACGCAAAAGAAAUAAAAAAUCCAUUAAAAUUCCUCCCCAAAAAAAUAAAAAUAUUCCUCACAAAAAUACAGUUAGGUUUGAUAUUUUAUAUGUGGUCGAUCUGUAAUCUGUGUGUAUUACCUUUAAACACAAAUGUUUGUCUCUCAAAUACUGAUGUUGCUGAUUUUUUUUUGGUGUCAUUUUUUACUCUGCUAAUAAAUAAAU